AUGGCCGGCAAACCUAUCACAGACGUGGUUGGCGUCGCGAAGAAACACACCCAGCAGAGUUACGGCAUCUGGGAAGUCAUCCGCAGGUUAUUCGCAGUCGACCCCGCCCGAAGCAACGGUGUCCCAGUCAAACACUUCCGGAACCCGCCUCCAGGCGGUCUCGAUCCUCACUCGUAUGAUGAAGCUGUGACGACGCCAGCCGCCGACAUUGCGGACAACCCGUACUGGAAAAGAGAUGUGAGGAGAGCAUACCCAACGCUGAGCACCGUCACGCAGGGUGAUGUCGUAGGGCUAUUGACUGUGGGAAGUGCCGCCAAUCCUAGUCCUAAGCUGUUGGCUGGAGAGGAGGGGACGAAGCAAUUGGUCGCCGUGAAGCACGAGGGCGAGAAAGGGCUCGCUGCAUAUUUCGAAAAAGAAAAGACCGCAACGGUGGUGCUCGGCGAGGAUGGCUUACCACCAAAGCCAGCGACUUUCGGCCGGCUGCCGGCAAAGAAAUACGAAAUAGGCCCAACAAGUUAUGGGGAGAGCUAUCCUUGCCGAAGCUUUGUCUAG